AUGUUCGUGUAAAYCCCGUCCAAACGGAAGCCGAACCCCUGUCCGUUCCCUGGAGCUUUGGGUCCGUCUAUUUAUACCCGGUCAGAGCCGCCCCCCAGCUGCGAGCCUGACCACAUUAGGAGCGGCUGAGAGCGGCGGAGGAUCAGAGCGGCACCGCCGGGGCGGAGGGACACAUGGAGCUCUCUCGAUGAGAAAAGUCUCUGAGGAGCAGAAUCAACACAGACGAAGAGGUCUGAUGGAAUCUGAUUUCCUGUGUUUUGGCGUCACCGUUAAGCGGAGGACAGACUCUCCUUCCUCACACACCCUGCAGGUGAAAACUUAAAUCCUUCGGGGYCUGGGGGUGGGGGGGACAUGGAGGCGACGGAGAACCCGGUCCUUGAGCCCAGGGCGGAGAGGAUCGCCCGCUACAAAGCCGAGAGGCGGCGAGAACUGGCCGAACGCUACYGCGUGACAGAGGAGCUUCCCUCCAAAUGUGAGAGGAGGGACGGGCGAGAGCUGACCCAAACCCCAAGAAGUGGGCUGGACUCGGACGGCCUCGGCGAAAGGGCAAACGGCAGAACACAAGAGGUUCUAAAUGGAGUCGRGGAGGAUGUUCCUGCAGAGAACAACUCCCUGAGAGGCCAGGGUUUCCAGGACUCUGCCAACAGUCUUGGACCCAACGCCCCGCAGCUCCACACCGGCGUGUCGGUGGGUCAGUUACGAAGRGCCCUCCUGCAGCAGACGGAGAGCGGAGAGGAGCCGGAGAAAGUCCUGGAGGCCGGGUGGUCCACGUCCUCUCUGGACCUGGCCGUGAAGCCGGGUUCUGAGGGGGGCCGGCGGCGCGCUCGGCGUUACCUUCCUGGAGGGACGAGCGGCGGACGCAAGUCCGGCGAGCGCUUCAGAACUCAGCCGAUCACGGCCAACGAGGUGGAGGAGAGCAGGCUGAUGGACGGAGAAGAAGAGGAGAAUAAGAAAGCGGAUGUGAAAACAGACGACAGAGCCAAGAUGAGCGUGGCGGCCAAGAUGUCUUUGUUCAAAGAGCUGGAGAAGUCUGCUGCCCCUGAGGUCCCGGCCCAGUUGAACCCUCGCUCGACUGGUUCUGUUCAUGAACGCCGGAUGCGCCGCAGCAACGACCAUCGCUUCCUCACUCAGCCAAUCACCUGUGAGGAGAAGGUGGCCYUCAGGGCGCCGACAUCGGAGGAGCUUCAGUCUGCUCACGUGGAGUCAGAGGAGGACGGAGAUGAGAGCUGCAAGAUGAGCAUGAGGGAGAAGCUGGACCUCUUCAAUAAACUGUCCCUCCCCGGGAGGCAAGGGGCCGGACRCCCUGCUGGUCCCUCUGCUGGACCCCCAGAGAGGCGAAGGCAGAAGGGGUCCCGGUACCGGACGCAGCCCAUCACAGUGGAGGAGGUCAGCCUGCUCCAGAAAGACCCGYUCCAGCUCCUGGCCUUCAGUCUGGCUCCUCACCUGUCCAACACACAGCAGGUCUCACCCACUAACCUCAAACCCAGCCAGGUGCGUCUCUCACAGCCGAAAUCCGACGCCGCCGAACCCGGUCCGGUCCGCCGGGGCUCCGAGCCCGGUCUGAAGGGGAUCCUGAAGAAGAGCCACCCUGCGGGCUCCGAGUGGAGAGGGGCAGGCAGCGGUCCGGAGGGAGGAGAAGCGGGGACGUCCGGGGCGACCGAAGGAGCCGGAGGGUCUCAGAAGARGGAGGGAAGCGAGGCGAGCGCCGCUCCGUGGAGGCAGAGGGCUCGAGACGGGAGGGAGACCGGCGCCCGGAKCACCACAAGGACCUCACCAGAACCAGACCCUCCGCAGGAGGGGAGGCGACGUCGGACCAGACGACAGGAAGGAGACGGUUUUAUCCGUGAUUCAACCGACAGAGUCCGGGACGACGACGAGCAAGAGAGCGAGAGGAAGGUCGAUGAAAAACACAAAACCAGAAACAAUGAGGUCAUCCCAGAAAGUUUCAGUCAGAAAGUACAAGGAAGGACAGAUUCAUGUGAACCUAAUGAAGAAUCAGAAAACUCUCUCCUGGACAGCGUGGGCCCUCAGUGCUGGGAGCCCGUCUUUGCCUCUGUGUAUUCUGUCAGUAUGCCCCAAUAUAUCUUGUGUUUCAACCAGACCAACCUGUCGUUUGAGGCUCAGGAAGUCACCUCCCCGAGGAAGAACCUGAUCAGACCUCAGUGGAGACAGAAAGCUAAAGAUGAGCUUGAGCUGGACGGAUCUGAGGAGAGGAGAUCUCCUGAAUCAAAUGGCYAUAUCUCCCCGAAGAAGACAUGUGACGGCGAAGCUUCGGCCUGCGAACAGGAAGCUCAACGAUCUGAGGCGACGCUGGCAGACGACUCCAACGCAGACGGAGGUCUCUGCGGCGAGCAGCCCCCUCCUCCRGCCUGCGCCCCCGCUCCCUGCAGCCGCGGCGCCGCCUCAGAGGGAGAACAGGACCUGGGAGUCCUGUGUCAGAACAGCACGCCCAUACUCAGCUCAGCUGUGGCAGAACACAGGCGAUCGGUUCGCCCGUCCCGCCGGACUCAGGGCUCCAGAAACCCCCUGAGGGCUCUGGCAGCCAGAGAGGACAUCCUGCAGGACUACAUGGGGGACGGAGUCAGCACAGCUGCCGAGGAGAGGAGCCAGGAAGAGAGAAAGUGUAAGAACUCCUCCUCCUCACCAGAUUCACACCCUGUCCCGUCACGUGACGUCCUGUCCUCUUCAGACCCAGCAGAGUCCUGUCCCCCCUUCAGCAGCCUGAUGCUGAUUCUCAUCAAAGGUCGGCGGCGGGUCCAGGCGCGUCUGGUCGAGCCGUCGGCGCGGUCAUUGAACAGKGACGACUGUUUCCUGCUGGUCACCUCGGAGCACUGCAUCCUGUGGAGCGGAGAGUUCGCCAAUGAGCAGGAGAGGGCCAUGGCCGCUGAGCUGGCGUCCCUCAUCCAGACUCAGAAAGAUCUGGGCUGUUCGGCCCUCGAGGUGGUCCGCCUGGAGGAGGGGCUGAACUCUGACGGCGAUGCGGCCGAAGACUUCUGGAGUCUUCUGGGAGGAAGGAAGCCGUACCGAGGUGCCGGCGCUCCAGAGGAGGACGAGACUUUUGAAGUCGGGGUGGAGGAGUCUAACUGUGUGUACAGGCUGCUGGAGGACCGGCUGGUUCCUGACGAACAGGUCUGGGCCUCGGCUCCCAGCACCGGCCUGCUGCGCCCCACCGAGGUUCUGGUGUUCGACUUCGGCAGCGAGGUGUACCUGUGGCACGGCCGGGACGUCCCCCCCGACAGGAGGAGCAUGGGGCUUCAGCUGACUCAGCAGCUGUGGGCUGGAGCGUACGACUACAGCAACUGUCGAGUCAAUCCGCUCAACCCCACUCAGAGCAACCCCGGCGUUCAGCUGAGAGGUGAGGGCCGGCCCAGCUGGGCUCUGCUCGGCAUCGUCUCAGAGUCCAACGAGACCAUCCUGUUCAGGAAGAAGUUCCGGGACUGGACCUGCAGGAACGGAGCCCCUGAAGAAGUGGUUUCAGAAAAGGAUCAGAUGCUGCCUGAGCCUCCAUCCUUGGACCUCCUGAGUCCCUGCGACGCUAAAGCUUUAGCCUCAGGAGAGUCGCUGCAGACAGAGAGUCCGUUGGGUUCUGUGCCGGCGGAGGUCGACGUCCGGAGAGGUGGAGGCGGCGCCACGUUGGAGAGCGGGCGCCGGGUGGAGCUGAGGACGGUUUCUGUGGAAACGUUUCACGUCCAGGAGUUUGACGACUGCGAAGUGCCUGUGGAGAGCUCCGGACAGCUUUACGAGGGCGACUCCUACGUGAUCCGCUGGACCUACAGCAGCGGCACCGUCGAAAACGAUGAGUGUGGCAGCAUUCCUGGGUGGAAGGAGAACACGGUGGUGUUUCUGUGGCGAGGCCGGCGCUCCCAGGUCAGCGGGCGGGACUCAGCCUCUUUCCUCUCCAUCGGGACGAACCAUGGUGAAGUCUCACAGGUGGUCGUGCCUCAGGGUAAAGAACCUCCGUGUUUCCUGCAGCUCUUCCAGGGCAGCCUGGUCAUACACAGGGGGAGGCGAGAGGACGCCCCCACCUGCUCAGACUGGCGUCUGUUCUGUGUGCGAGGAGAGCUGCCUGAGGAGGCUCUGCUGCUGGAGGUGGACUGCCUCUGUGAGAGCCUGAGGUCCAGGGGCUCUGUAGUCCUGCUGAACAGCCAGCAGGGGGCGCUGUACCUCUGGACUGGCUGUAAAGCUCCCAGCAGCACCAGAGAAGUGGGCAAGCGGGCGGUGCAGCGUCUGACCCAGAUGUGUCCACCGGAGCUGGGCCUCAGUAAAACCAGUCCAGUGGAGACUCAUGCAGUAGAUGAGGGUUCAGAACCUGCAGAGUUCUGGGCAGCACUGGGCCAGAUGGACCGGAAGGCCUAUGACUGCAUGCUGCAAGAUCCAGGUAAAUAUAACUUCACCCCUCGCCUUUUCCACCUGAGAGCUUCCUCGGGUAAAUUUCAGGCCACAGAGCUGCAGAGUCCGACCCGCCUGCCGGGCCUCGUGAUGGCGAUGCCCUUCGUCCAGGAGACUCUGUACUCCGAACCAGAGCCGACUUUGUUCCUGCUCGACAACCGGUUAGAGGUGUACCUGUGGCAGCGAGGUCAGCCGGAUCAAAGCCAGACCUCCGCUUCAGCCUGGAGCCUCUGGUGUAACGAGAGACGGUGCGCCAUGCAGACGGCGCUGCAGUACUGCAAAGAAAUAAACCCGAGGCGGCCCCCGCAGGCCUACUUCAUCCUGGAGGGAUCAGAACCUUUGACCUUCACUAAUGUUUUCCCUCGAUGGGAGAGGAAGCUCACACCUCCCACACAGAGCGGUUCAGGACAAGUGAAGCUGUUGUUGGUGCAAGACGCACUGUCCCGGCUCAUGAAGACUCAGUACCCUCUGGAGGACCUGCUGCGGAGCCCCUUACCUGAAGGAGUGYACCCCCAGCACCUGGAGGUCUACCUGUCUGACCAAGACUUCCAGACUAUUUUAGAAAUGAAGAGAGAUGAAUACGCCUCGCUCCCGAGCUGCAAACAAAUGGAUCUGAAGAAAAGCAAAGGGUUGUUUUGUUAAGAAUCCAGAUGAAGUGGGAUUCAAAAACUGGGACUUGACUGAGGAAGGCAGGCAGGCGACGCAGGGACAGCGCCAUGUUGCAACAGACUGCUCACACUUUUAAUGAAAACAGYAYWAAAAAKAAWCACUUWAUUUAUGUCAAAGUYGUGUGUGYACUUAACUGGAUUUGACUGUAGCCAUGGAUUGUUCGCUUCCUAUGAUGACAAAACUGUACAUCGGUAAUAAAACUGUUUAAUAAAAAUGAGUAAACAUGUUUAGAA